AUGGAGCCCGCGCUGCGCGAGCUGUGGGCGGAAUCCCGGGACCUGCUGGGCCUCCCUUCCCCUUCUCUGGACGACACCGCCGCCGCCGCCGUGCCGCGCGUCGACCUGCCCCCGACGCCGCUCGCGUUCCUCCGCGACCACGUCUCCCCGGGCCGCCCGCUCCUCGUCUCCGCCGCGGCCACCCGCCACUGGCCCGCUGCAUCGCUCUGGCCCACCGCCUCCUACCUCACCGACGCGCUCCGCUCCACCCCCGUCUCCCUCCACCUCACCCCCGACGGCCGCGCCGACGCGCUUGCCUCGCACCCGCACCCACGGCGCUCCGGACCCUCGAGGUGCUUUGCGUCUGCGCACGUCCGCCGCGUCGACUUCCCUACCGCGGUCCGGCUCAUCAGGGGAUCCGACCCGGCCGCCGGCCUGGUAGCGUACGCGCAGCAGCAGGACGAUUGCCUCCGCGGGGAGUACGCGGCGGUCGCCGGUGACGUGGAUGCGCACGUGCCCUGGGCCAGUGAGGCCCUCGGCUGCCUCCCCGAGGCCGUCAACCUCUGGAUCGGCAACGCCCACUCCGUCACCUCCUUCCACAAGGACCACUACGACAACAUUUACGUCGUCCUCUCCGGCGAGAAGCACUUCCUCCUGCUGCCACCGACCGAGCACCACCGCCUCUACGUCCGCGACUACCCCGCCGCCCACUACGUUGCCGCGGAGCAGGAUACCGAAGGGGAGCAUCAGUUGAGGCUUAAGCUGGAGAUGGAAGAGCCCGAGAGGAUCGUGCCGUGGAGCAGCGUUGACCCGUGCCCUCCGUCGCCGGAGGAGAUGGCCGUGCAGGCGUCGUCGUUUCCGCUCUACUUCGACGGGCCGGCGCCGAUACGGUGCACGGUCCGGGCCGGCGAGAUGCUCUACCUGCCAAGCAUGUGGUUUCAUCAUGUCAGCCAGAGCCCAGGGCCGAACGGGCUCACCAUUGCCGUGAACUACUGGUACGACAUGCAGUUUGACAUCAAGUAUGCCUACUUCAACUUCUUGAGGUCGCUGGAGAUCAAUGGUUGUUCAUCGGGCAAAGCUGGUGCUUUGGAAGGUGAUCUAGAGGAGAAGAAAGAUUGA